AUGUGUCUAACACAAAUUAAGGGAAUCGUAAAUCUAACAGUGAUAUUCUUCCUUAUGUGUUAUUUGGGAGUGAAUACUGCAUGUGCCCUACAAUCAUUGCUCAAAUCACCUGGAUGGCGACCAUCAUUCAGAUAUUUCCACUGGUCCUUAUCGAUGCUUGGCGCAUUUUUGUGCGUAGCUGUGAUGUUCAUCUCAGCUUGGCAUUUCGCACUUAUUGCUAUCUUUAUUGGUGCCGCAGUCUAUAAAUACAUAGAGUAUGCGGGUGCCGAGAAAGAAUGGGGUGAUGGGCUACGAGGUUUGGGUCUUAGUGCAGCUAGGUUUGCUCUGUUAAACUUGGACAACAAGCCGCAACAUAGCAGAAAUUGGCGACCUCAGUUACUUGUACUACUCGAAAACACCGAUUCUCCGACUACACAUGGGAUUUUGUCUUUUGUUAGUCAGCUAAAAGCUGGAAAGGUAAUUCUUUUGUUGCCUUAGCG